AUGUAUAAAGAUCCUGUCCAUGAACAAGGUUUAAUUGCCAUUAUCGGUGGUAUUUUCGCUAUUGUAGCAACAUGUAUGUCUUUCGUUCAAAUUGCUCAACAUUUUUUCCAUCAAACACAUCAUCCAUCUCAAAAGCGAAUCAUGAGAAUUUUAGCAAUGGUGCCUGUGUACGGUGCAACAUCGUGGAUCUCGAUUCUAUUUUUUCAAUCAGCUAUCUAUAUGGAUUUCAUCAAAGCUUGUUUUGAAGCUUAUAUUAUUUAUUGUUUUCUUCUAUUAUUAACAAAAUAUCUUGGCGGUCAUCGUGGCGUCGAAGAAGUUAUUCUGAAUCAUGAGCGAAUCAUCCUACCAUUUCCAUGUUGUUGUCUUAAAGUACGUCCGAAUGUUCGGUGGGUUUGGUAUUUUAAAAUCGGUCUUCUUCAAUACUCAUGGAUUGCUCCUCUGUGUUCCGGCAUUGCUGUUGUUUUGAAUCUCGCCGAUGUAUAUGCAAACGGGGAAUGGAAAUUUAACCGAGGCUACCCUUAUAUCACGAUUAUUAUCAAUAUUAGUCAAACGCUUGCUUUGUAUAGUUUAGUAACCUUUUAUACAAAUGCAAAAGGAGAAUUACGACCGUUUCAACCUUUACCGAAAUUUAUUGUGAUUAAAUUAAUUGUAUUUUUUAUUUUUUGGCAAUCAGUUUUAAUGAGCGGACUAGCAGCGAUUCACAUUUUACGAAAUUCAUCUUGUGAUCCAACGGCUAAUCAUUAUUGUAACGGCUCCACAACUGGAUUUACAGUUGAACAAGAAAAAAUUCUACUAGAAAAUGUCCUGAUCUGUGUGGAAAUAUUCUUCUUUUCAAUAGCUCAUCACUGGGUAUUCAGUUGGAAACCGUAUGCAAAUGGAACAUUCAAAAUCUUGAUGGAAUCCCGGUAUCGAUUCAUGAAUAACAAAGACGAUCCAGAAUUACGCACAGCUACCACGCGAUUUUAA